AUGGAAGACAACAUGGAUGUAAAAAAUUCAUUUAAAACUCAGGAAAAUAUUUCCUGCCUGAGGGAUUUUUCAGAAAAUGGUGAUGACCUAAUUCAUUUUAACAGUAUGGUCAGUGUCACUGCUGGAAAAGCAGAGCAAUACUGCAGCAGACAGGUGCAUUCCCGCCCUUCAAAUGUAAUCAGUUAUCACACAGAUAACUGUUGCUUUAACACGGAAGACUCUGUAUCUGGUCAGUCUCUGGCAGAUGUCCAGGCAUGUAAAAAGACUGGGCUUGGUAGACCUCUGAACAUGAACACCCUGUUCAAUGAGCAGGCAGAUACUCCCAUAGUAGGUCACAAUUAUUGUGUAAAAGAUGAUUCUGAAAAUUCUGCCACUAUUCUGGAGAUUUAUGCAGAGAAAAUUCCAAGUGUAAGUGCUGACUUUUCUGAUGAUGAUCUGGAGUAUUUCGAAUGUUCAGAUGUGCUGACAGUGCAUGAAAAUGAAGUCUGGAAAAAGAAAUUACAGUUUUUAUUAGAAAGUGAUGAUGAAGAUGAUUUAAAACUGAGUAAGGAUUGUGAUGGGUGUGCUUACUUCCUCAGUGAAAUGCCUUGUCUGUUCCAAGUGUCAGAUAACACUACGCCUAUGGAUACCACCAUUGGCUUCUGUGGUCAUCACUCAAAAUUCAAAGGAGUAAAUGUAAGGAGAGACCCCUCUAUGUACAGCCAGUCAACUUUGCAGACAGAGAUGACUCUCACUGUUGGACACCACCGAGAUAAAAGUACCAGUUUGAAAGACAAAGAAAAGUAUAAAGUGCCUGUUGCAUCUGCAGGCAUUGAAAAUGACCAUCCCAGAACUGAAGAAGAAAAUAAUGGAAGUGGCCACUCAGCUGCAGAUUUCUCAACUGACAAAUCAAAGAACAAGGAUAAUGUACGUGCCAAGGCGGACUCCUCUACUAGUGGCAUAGGUGCUUCUUUGACAAAUCAGGCUUCAGAGACAAUGACAGAAAACAUUACGGAGAAGGACUUGAUGGGCGAAAGCUCAUUGCUGCUAGAGGAGGGGGGAAGAAAUUUGCCGGAGGAAAAUGCAAGGCAUGCUGUCUGUACCUUAACAGAAAGUUUACGAAGAAACCUUUUAAAGUUGUUAAAUCCUAAAGAGCUUUGCAGAUACGUAAGUAAUUUAGGACAAUCUUUCCAGACUGCAGCGGAGGUUAGGGAAUCCCGUGCUCUGUUUCCCAGUCAGGAAGGUGUCAUUUCAACACAAAUCCCCGAGGAGACGGAAAGCUUGCAAAUGCAGGCUGGUUUGUGUCGUACAGAAGAGGCAGAUAAAGACUGUCAUUGGGAAAGGAAGAGGACUUGGGGCCUGUCUGAGCAAAAUCAGAUGCCAAAUGAAAACAUCUCACCCAAGAAUCAAGGUGCUAAUCUUAAAAUCUUUACCCAGAAUUGUGAGAGACUAUGUAUGGAGCCUGAAAUAGAAAAGAAAGGCAUCUUCACGACUUGUGAGAGUGCAGGAACCAUCCAUCCAGCUUCAGAAAUGCUCUGUACUGAAAAGACAUUACAAGCAAAAAAUGCAAAUUUACAAACCUAUUCUCAACACCAUGCUCCUUGUGAUAAGAGAGAAAGUUGUCACCAACAAGUCUUUUGUGAACAAGGAAUUAAUAUUAUUAGUAAUGGCAACAAACCAAAGAAUGAUAUUUCACCUUUUCCUUUAUGGGAUGCGGACUCUGUUCCUGAUAAACAAGAAUGUUUAUGUGCUGUUCUCUCUUCUGCAAAGCUAUGUGAUGAGCCAAGGGAGGGAGAGCAAAGGUAUAGUUUUGACUCACAUGAUACCAAUGACACAGAUAUUCUCUGCAGUCUGUCAUGUGAUAAACCUCUGUUUGAAGCUAAUCCCAAGUCAGUCUUGGAAUCUGGAGAACCUGAGUGCAAAGGAGAUGCUGAUAUAUCUGCAGUGCAUGACAAGCUGUGGAAACUUCUUCGUGAAGAUGACUCAGACUAUCAAAUUCCGUUUGAAAACCGGGGGAUCACAAGUUUAGAAAUUAGGCCGACAGAUACCAAAGUCACAGAACUGAACGUCGUACAGGAGACUUGUUCUGAUCAUCCUUUGCCAAUAAAUUUAAUAGAAGAGCAGGAACCUAUUACACAGCCAGCUAGUAGACCAAGAACAGAGAAAGAAGACUGCAAUGUUUCUAAUACCCUACUUAAAACAGAUGAAGCAUGUAACAGUGCAUCCAUAGGAAACAUUUGUCUUGCACAAGUGGUAGAAGCAGAUGGUAUAUGUCUAGAUUCUAGUACUGGAAAUAAAAUGGAAACACCAUCCAUUUGUGUUUCAGGAAAUAGUAUCGUCUUAAAUACAGGGGAGUGCUUGGAGCAGAAGCCAAAUCAAACGUUAACUGACAGUAAUGGAUCCAUUCAAAUGACUGUUGCUUGGGAAGGAAAGCUUACCAUUAAUAAUGCUUCCCAAACAUGUGAUGCAGAUUCUCCUCAAAGACUGAAAAAUGCUCAGAGUAGUAAUUUAGCAUAUGACAAAGAAAACCCAGCUUACAUGUCAGAUAAGUCGCAUGGGACAAUUGGACAAUUAUUUCAUACUGAGUACAACAUAUCCUUGGUAAAUGAGUCUGUAGCUGGUAAAGGGUGUCAUUUUAGACACUGUUAUCCAGCAAGAAAAGAACUGCCUUAUUUCCCUGAAGAGAAAGACAUUUUCCCCACUGAAAAUAUCAGUCAGUUUACACACAAAGAACACCCUUCUGUAAACACCAUACACAAAAGUUAUGAAGAGAAUUUACAAGAAAAAGGAAAUCACUCAGACUUGAAUGCACAAAAUGACACUAAUUCUGACAGUUAUCAUCUUUCAAAAAAUGAUGACUGUCAAGAUUUUCAAGUUGUUUCUAAUGCACAGAAAUACAGUUACCUAAUGCAAUUGCGUAAUUUAAUUAAGACUCCUGACACCAUAACACGUAAGAAGCUACACCAAAAUGUAGACCAACUGACAGAAAUAGAAAAACAAGAAGUGGAAUUCACUCCCUCUUCUGAGGAUCCAUUUUUAAGAGAUUUUUAUGUAGAAGUGCCCAGGUAUGAACCAUGUGAAACAGGAGAAGAUCAGAGAGAGAUUUGCUUAGAUGAUGAACAAAGGGCUGAAACUUCCUGUGACUCAGGAGUUAGUCAUGUUUCAGAGAGUCAGACUGCAGUUCCCCCUCAUAAUACAUCAGAACAACAUGUAUUUUUUGUUGACAGCACCUUUAAGUCUGAUGAAGAGUUAAAAACAUAUUCUUCAAAAAAUCACACAUACGCAUCUGAAAGUGUAACAUCAGUUAGUACCCCACUGUCUAGAAAGGCUCAAAAUGAAUACCACAGCACAGCAAAUGAGGAUUAUAGAGAGAUCAGUAAUCAGUUAGAUAUCCAACAACUGACUGUAAAAGAAACAUUGCCAUUCUUCACACCUGUAAGCCAGUCAGAGGGCCUUCUUACCAGUAUAUCAGCAAUGGGGUGUCCUGGCACAGGAAGUCAAGGGAAAACUGAAUCCACACAAACUGCAGUCAAAGUAGAUGAAAAUUGGAGUACACAGGAAACUUUCUGCAAAGCAUUGCAGGAUCAGUUCCAUAGGGUACCUGAAGAAAACAAGGAGGAAGCAGUCUUGUGUGAAAAUAAACAAGAGAUUCAAAGGGCUAUUGAAUAUAACCCAGAUGAAGCUGAAACGAAGUCUCCUUUGCACACUUUAAUUGGCUCCAAGGCUCAGAGACAGAUUAUGAGUAUUAGCACUAAGCAGUCCUGUCCUGACUUGAUCUCUUCCAGCAAGCUAACUGAAGUUGAUAAUUCAGUUAAGUCUACUGAGUACGAUAAAGGUGAAGAAGUCAUGACAUCAGAGAGCGUAGUAAAUGGUUUAGUUAAUUUGCCACCAGUUGAUACAGGGAACAGCCAGUAUUUUCAAGAGCAACCACCCUAUUUUAGAACUCAGCCAUUCUCCGUAGCAUUGACCACAUGUGAUCCGUUCCCAGUCAAUGUGGAAAGGCUAAGAAAUCAAGAAGGGUUAAAAUCCUACCAGACAUCACCAACUGUUGCUGAGCUUGAGCCCACCAAAUGUAAACAAGACACAGCAAGGAGUGGGCAUUUAGCUACUGGAGCUAAGAAGAAGUUACCACCAGCAACACUGUCAAAGAAACCCCGACUGGAGGAGAGAGGAAAUGUCAGCAAGGAUCCUAGCUGUGUUAAAAAGUCUGUGAAGAGUGAGGCAGGCAUGGUUUAUAAAGAAGACAGAAAAGAGCAAAGGAAACUAAUUUUGAAAAAGGAUAGCAAAGCUCCCAAGCUGCUGAAGAAAAUCCAAGCAGAGUUGUUCCCUGACUGCUCUGGAAAUAUUAAGCUAUGCUGUCAAUUUGGUGACAUUCAUGGUGACUCCACCAUUACAUGGACUAAAGAUUCCAAGUUACUAGCACGACUGCAGAGAAGUGCCCAGGAUGACUCUCCUGUUUCUUUGGCAAUAGCUAAAGCCGGUAACAAAGACCAGGGAAUGUAUUAUUGCUGCUUGAAUAAUGUGUAUGGAAAGGUGACUGCUGAGUUUAAUCUGACUUCUGAAGUAUUGGAACAUCUCUCAAGUUUUCAGAAUUGUGAAGGUGUGGAAGAAAUUGAAUUCAUGCAGCUCAUGUUCAGAGAAGAUUUCAUCAGUGACAGCUACUUUGGUGGGAACCUGCAUGGAAUAAUAGCUACAGAAGAGCUUCACUUUGGUGAAGGCAUGCACCGGAAAGCCUUCCGAAGUAAAGUGAUGCAAGGCCUCGUGCCAGUGUUCAGUCCUGGCCACCCCUGUGUUCUCAAAGUGCACAAUGCUAUCACAUAUGGGACCAAGAGUAAGGAUGAUCUAGUUCAAAAGAACUACAAACUAGCACUGCAGGAAUGCUAUGUCCAAAAUACUGCAAGAGAGUAUGCGAAGAUAUAUGCAGCAGAAGCUGAACCCUUGGAAGGCUUUGGGGAGGUACCAGAGAUCAUUCCUAUUUUUCUUGUUCAUCGCCCUGCUAAUAACAUCCCCUAUGCGACAGUGGAGGAGGAGCUGGUUGGGGAAUUUGUGAAAUACUCUGUCAGGGAUGGCAAGGAAGUAAAUUUCCUGAGAAAAGACUCAGAGGCUGGCCAGAAGUGUUGCACCUUCCAGCACUGGGUGUAUGAGAAGACCAAUGGGAGCUUGCUUGUCACUGACCUGCAAGGUGUAGGAAUGAAGUUAACUGACGUUGGCAUAGCAACAUUGGCCAAAGGAUACAAAGGUUUUAAAGGCAACUGCUCGAUUUCCUUCAUUGAGCAGUUCAGAGCCCUCCACCAGUGCAAUAAGUACUGUGAGAUGCUGGGGCUGAAAUCUCUCCGAACCACUCAUCAAAAACAGAGGAAAGCAACAUCCAUGAAAAGCAAAAAUCUACCAAACUCAUCAACUAUAAAGAACACAGUGCCCAAGAAAGCAAGAGAACCUAGAGACUUCAUUUCUUCAGAGCACUGAGUUGCACUGUCCCAUCUUGUGAAAACUCCUCUCGAGGAUAUGUAGUAGUGAUAGGCACCAGUGACCUUGUGGGGGCAUAAUUUUAGUCUUUUCCCUUAUGACAUUAUUUUGAAGUCAUCCUGAUGCUGAUGCCAGCAACAAAGAAAGGAGCUGAUUCUAUGGUCUCGGUACCUGAGAUUUAACACUGGGGCAAGGUUUUGAAGACAAAUUAAGCCAUCUGCCUGGAUUAUCUUACAACCCUUCUAUGUAUUGGUAUCUGCACAUUUUGAGUCUUGGACAUUGAGUGCAUCACAGGUCACUGGAGAACAUCUUCCCUUCUAUGUGUCUGUGCCUGUAACCCUGUGGGUUCAUCUGCUACCUAAACAUCAGUAUAUUUAAGAUGCCACUUAGUACAAGUUUUGUACAGUAUUGUUGCUCAGGCUGCUAUAGAAAAAUUGUUUCCUUUCCCAGAUAUUUGCAUGUUGUAAUCCUGCUAUAAUCCUAUUCUUGUAGUGGUUUUUUUUUGUCUUUUAAUACAACACAAAGCCAU